AUGUCUAUCCCACAAACCCAAAAAGCCGUUAUCUUCGAAACCCACGGUGGUCCAUUGCAAUACACCGACAUCCCAGUCCCAGUCCCAAAGCCAAACGAGUUGUUGAUCAACGUCAAGUACUCCGGUGUCUGCCACACCGAUUUACACGCCUGGAAGGGUGAUUGGCCUUUGGACGUCAAGUUGCCUUUGGUCGGUGGCCACGAAGGUGCUGGUGUGGUGGUUGCAAAAGGUGAGAACGUCCAAGGCUGGGAAAUCGGUGACUACGCCGGUGUCAAGUGGUUGAACGGCUCUUGUCUCAACUGUGAGUACUGCCAGAACACCAACGAGUCCAACUGUGCCGACGCCGACUUGUCUGGUUACACUCACGAUGGUUCUUUCCAACAGUACGCCACUGCUGAUGCCGUUCAUGCUGCCAGAAUCCCCAAGAACGUGGACUUGGCCGAAGCUGCUCCUAUCUUGUGUGCUGGUAUUACUGUCUACAAGGCAUUGAAGACUGCUGAACUCUCUGCUGGCCAGUGGGUUGCUAUUUCUGGUGCCGCUGGUGGUUUGGGUUCUCUUGCUAUUCAGUACGCCAAGGCCAUGGGCUACAGAGUGGUUGCCAUCGAUGGUGGUGCCGACAAGGGUGAAUUCGUCAAGUCAUUGGGUGCCGAAGCCUUUGUCGACUUCUUGGCCACCAAGGACAUUGUUGCCGAAGUCAAGAAGGUCACCAAUGGUGGUGCCCAUGGUGUUGUCAACGUCUCUGUGUCCGAAAAGGCCAUGGACCAAUCCUGUGAAUACGUUAGACCAACCGGUACCGUUGUUCUUGUUGGUUUGCCAGCUGGCUCCAAGGUUACCGUCCCAGUUUUCGACGCUGUCACCAGAUCUAUCAAGGUCAAGGGUUCCUACGUUGGUAACAGAGCCGACAGUGCUGAGGCCAUCGACUUCUUUGCUAGAGGUUUGAUCAAGUGUCCAAUCAAGGUUGUUGGAUUAUCUGAAUUGAGUAACAUCUACGACUUGAUGCAACAAGGAAAGAUCUUGGGUAGAUACGUCGUUGACACUUCCAAGUAA